AGGGCGGGGCAAAGAAGAACCGGAAGUGACAGGAGCGAGCCCAAAAGAGAAAGAGAGCGAGAGACCGAGAGAAGGGGGCCAAGGAGCUAGCGAGCGAGCGCUGGCAGGAUGUCUCCUGGAGCAGUACUGCAGGAGAAGUAUCGCCAGUGCUUGGAGAACAAUUUCCACCAGGGCCACACUGGCAUCUGCACCGACUCGUCCCUGAAGGAGCAGAUGUGGCGGCAACUGCUGGAGGAUCCAGAGGUUCACAGUGCCCUGAGAGGGGAGGACACCUUUGCCAUGCUUGCUGCGGCCCUGCGAGGACAGCUGGAUCUGGGACCGGUGCUCCAGAAUCUUGGCCGGGCCUUUGAGGUGCUGGAGCUGGCAGCUGUCAAUCUUUACUUCUUCCCCUGGCGCAAGGAAUUUGGAACCAUAAAAACCUUCUCAGGUGUUUACGUGCACGUCCUCCAGGGAGUCCUGCCUGAGGCCGACAUCACCAGGAGUUUCCGCCGGCUGGGCUACAUCCCAAGAGACAGCCUCCACCUGGUCAUCGCCCAGCUGCCUCCAAGUGCCAGCCUCCUCACUGCAGCCUGCUGCUUUUUUGCAGCCAGGGUCGAAUGCGAGAUCCUGGGGAAGAUCGUGCGGGAGCUGGAGCCGUACGCCGCUUCACCUGAAGAUCUUCUCCAGGCCCGCAGGGAAGCCAAAGGCAGCCUGGAGAACUGUGUGGCCAAGUUGCAGCGCCUGGUGCGGUGGCCUAGGGGCAGAGACUUCCCUGUGGAGCCAGCUGAUGCGAUAGACCUGUACAGGGAGAGUCCGGAAGGGCAGGGCCCGUAUGGCGACCCUUUGGGACCUAGGUUGGCAUUGUCAUCGCAGCAGCACCAGCACCCCAUUCCCCUCUGCGAGCGCAGUAGCCCCCGGUUGCGGAGCAGAGAGCAGCACUUCCAGACUCCGCAGGGGCUUGUGGAGAACAGGAGCAAGAUGUGGGUGCUGGGCCCGGAGGAGCCACCAUACGGCAAUGGGAUACCAGCCUCGGAGGGCCCCGAUCUGGAGACCUCCUUCUCCUUUAUCUCCCUGCGGCGGGAGCUCAGCAGAACUACGGAAGCGGACUACCCCACACCUCUGGGAAGCCACUUCUUGUCUCCCAGCCCUCACUACGACAGCCCUGGCGGCCCCCAGCUCCACCGAGGCAGCAGCCCAGCCUCUCCCUCAGCAAGGCAGUCAAGGAGCCCCCAACUGAGCCCCACGGGGAUGCACCGAGCUCCGGUGCUGGGCACGGGGAUGUCCCCGACAGAGCCGCCGCGCUAUCAUCUGCAUUCGUGCAUGCGCCCAGGCACCCUCCCGGCCUCCUGCUGCAACACCUGCAGGUUGUUGCACGGCAGCAGCUGCGACGGAGCACAGGUCUGCCGGAGCAGCCACCACAUGGAAGAGCUGCAAAGCGAGAAGCAGCAGCGCCUCUGGCUGCAGAGGACAGAGGUCGACAAGCUGCUACACGAGGGGCUGCCGGGAGUCUGGCAAUAGCGCCGCUGGGAGAACCCACCAGGGCAUCAACUAGACCUUGGACAGAAAAGCUGCUUCCUCUGCAGUUCUGAGGCUUCAUCUAGAACCGCACACACAGCCUGCUUUUCGUUCCCCCUCUCCCAGGCCUUCCCUCUCAAUUUUCUGAAAAACACUUUCCCUUAUUUUUGUUUCAGAGGAAAAAGCAGCCAGACACUCAACUUUUCAGCAUACAUUCUCUUUCCCCUGCCAACAGGACUUUUCUCAAAUCCUAAAUAUUUUGAGGAUUUAGGUGAACAAUUUUUUUUGGCGGGGGGGGGGGAUCCAAUUCUAAACAGUCUCCCGCAGUAGUGUUUGCUGGACAGGUGAGAUUCCCCCCCCCGCUUCCCUCAUCCUUUCCACUGAGCAUUUGAGGGGGCAUUGCUUCAUCUCAAAGUGGUUCCAGCUGGCUGACAAAAUGGCGAGUCAAUUGACAUGUUAGAGGGACAUGCACACCCCUCUGCCAGAAUCCGUCUUUUGUAAUGUCAGGGCACAAUGAAGUUUUACAUGAUGCUCAUCUGCUCUGUGUGUAUUCCAAAGGAUGUAGGGCAGCCUUUCCCCAGCUGGGUGCCCUCCAGUUGUUUUGCACUACAGUUCCCACCAUCUACAGCCAGCAGAGCAUUAGAAUGCUGGGGCUGGUGGGAACUGUAGUGGAAGACAUCUGGAGGGCACCAGGGUUUGGGGGGGGAGCUACUAUAGGGAGAGAUUACAGGAGGGGGUGGAGGUUGCCUCUCUUUGUUUAUACCUUUCCUGAAUCCUUGUGGCUCUCCUCUAGAGGCUGAGGCAGUGCAGGAAAAGCCUUAAUGCUGGCUUUGAGUCUCCUGCUACGUGGCAGGGGCAGAACCGUUCCCAAGCCCUCAGAGGCACUCAGCAUCUCCCUGGUGGCUUACAGAAGCAGAGGUGCAAAAUAAACAGAAGUGUAAUCUC